UGUCGGAAGGAUAACGGCAGGAAGACAGAGGGAUACAAUGUUGAAAUUUCAAUCAGCUUUUUAUUGUAUGAUUGUUCUGUUGCUCGUUUGUCUAGGAUUUUGUGAAGCCUUCGCGAAUUGUCCCGACGGGUGGGUGCCGUACCAGGAAUCGUGUUACUGGAUACGGCAUGAUAAGCCAUUGACGUUUGACGCUGCCAAGCAACAUUGUGACCAUGAGAGCGGAGGCAUGGGGAAAAUGCUAUACGUUAGCAGCGCGGAUGAAAACGCGUGGAUCAAGGACUAUCUCCGUGAUAUGAGAGUGGGAACCACCUACUGGUGGCUAGGACUGACGGACAAACACACUGAGGGUUCUUGGCACUGGGUGGCUAGCCAGCAACAAACAACAUUUACAGAUUUCAAGCCGGGUGAUCUAGGAGACCACAAUCAAGAAGACUGUGCGAUAUAUGCCUCAGUUCAUAAUUUCCAGUGGGCUGAUGUCGCCUGCAGCAUAAAUGCAUACCCCAUCUGCAAGAUAAAUUACAACGACUUGGAAUUGUUUGGAAAAUAAAGGUCAAUAAAACAUAUAUUUAAAGGAAAAAAA